CCCCGAUUCACGACAAGACGAGACUGUCACCGGCACAAUACCCUGGAGCACGAAAAAUGGGAUAGUAUACCAAGAAAAUGGGUAUAAAAGGAGGUCCUAGGGCCACGAAACCAGAAGAUCGUGACAGUUUCUCAACAUCAACUUCUUCACUGCACUUGCAAUACACUCGUCUUUAACCAUCCACAACCACAUCACCCUCCACCAUGGAUACCAGAGACACUUCCCAGAUCUACGAGGAGGUCGCCAAGCACUACAGUGCCGCCUCCCAGACCACCAGCGUCAAGUAUGGCGAAACCGUCGCCAAGUCCUUCGGCUACACCGAGGAAGAGCUGGCCAACAUCCCCGAAGGCGCCAACCUCGGUCUGAGCUGCGGUAACCCCCUAGCCAUCACCAGCCUGCGCGAGGGCGAAACAGUAAUCGACCUCGGCUCCGGCGCCGGCUUCGACGUCUUCCUCGCCGCCACCCGCGUCGGUCCCACCGGCCGCUCCAUCGGCAUCGACUUCAACGACGACAUGCUCUCUCGCGCAAACGCUCUCAAGUCCUCCCGCGGUUUCCCGGACUCGCAAGUCUCCUUCAUCAAAGGGUCCAUCACCUCCAUCCCUUUGGAGGCGGAAAUCGCCGACUGCAUCAUCUCCAACUGCGUCAUCAACCUGGUCCCCGAGGCGGAGAAGCCUUUGGUCUUCAAGGAAAUGCACCGCGUGCUUAAGUCUGGCGGUCGUGUCGCUGUCAGCGAUAUCCUCGCCAAGAAGCCGCUGCCGGAGAAGUUGAGGAAUGAUAUCGCCAUGUAUGUCGGCUGUAUCGCGGGCGCGAGCGAGAAGCAGCAGUAUGAGGGCUGGCUGAAGGAGGCUGGGUUUGAUCAGGUGCUGAUUCAGGAUACGGGCGCGGAUAUUAAUGUUUAUUUGGAUACGGAUGAGGAGGGGAAUAGGGGCGGGUGCUGCGCUCCUCCUGGAACUGGGGCGGUGAAGGAGGCUGCGACUGGCGGCUGCUGUGCGCCUCCGGGGACUGUGAAGAAGGAGGAGAAGGAGUCUUCGUGCUGCAAGCCUGCUGCUGCCCCUGCUUCUUCUUCUUCCUGCUGCAAGCCGGCUGCUGAGACCACCUCUUGCUGCAAGCCCGUUGAGAAGAAGGAGUCUUCUUGCUGCAAGCCUGCUGAGGAGAAGACUGCUUCGUCGUGCUGCAAGCCCGCCGCGAAGCCCGAGGUCGAGGCCGAGAAGACGGAGGAUCUCAACGAGUGGGUCGGAUCUUACAAGAUCUAUGCUGUCAAGAACUAAAUGGUGGAGCUCGGUUAUCGCUGUAAGUCUAGAGAUAGGUAGAUUAGCUGUGUUUGUUAGUCUGUUGAAUUUGUAACUUUCUGGACAAAUAAAGUACCAUGUCGAAAGAG